CUGCCAGGCUGCGCAGCUUUUGGCAUUAACUGCGUGUAUCUGGGAAAGGUUAUUGUGUGGCGUUAGGGAGUUCUCAUCCUCCCUGCUGCCGGAUGGAUGAAUGUGUGUGCAGUUACUCGUGCCUGGGACCAUUAGACUCUCUGCUGCAGCAUCCACCGAGCAUCUCGGGAAUUGUUUAUGGAUCAGGAUCAAAGUCAGGUGGUGCUUAAUGUUCAGCCCAGGGUUAGACUGAGCCAGCCAUUUUAGUUCAUCCAGCAUCUGCGAGGAGAGGAGUGGUUUUCCUGGCGCCUUGGUCCAGAGUCAUGCUCUGUGGAGUCCCUGAAGCCAACAUCUGAGCCUCCGCCUCUGCACUGAUUAGGCACCUUUGCAAUUGAGGAUUGCAAUCUUGCAAAUAAGCAGGGGUUUUGGUCCCAGAGAGAAGCCCGUGCUGAGUCACUGUGCAAAGCCUCGCUGGUGUGUUGAAGUCUGGUAAUAAGGAGGCAUCCUUCGCUGCUCCUUCACAAGGGAAGGGGAUAACGGGCCAACAAACAACAACAGGAAGAAAUUGCAUCUGCAUUCUUGCAGCAGCCGAGUCAUCAUGUCUGAUCUGACUCCUCAGAGUGACGCCCCGACUCCAACCACGGACAAGAUCACUCAGGCCGCCAGGGAGACCAUCUACCUCUGCAACUUCCGAGUGUCGGUGGACGGAGAGUGGCUGUGCCUGCGGGAACUCAACGACAUCUCCCUCACGCCUGACCCGGAGCCCAGCCACGAAGACCCCAAGGACCCUAUUGCAAUCGAACGGCUCAACUUGAUGAACAUGGCAAAGCUGAGCAUCAAGGGUCUGAUAGAAUCGGCCUUGAACCUGGGCAGGUCCCUGGACUCGGACUAUGCCCCUCUCCAGCAGUUCUUCGUGGUGAUGGAGCACUGUCUCAAGCACGGCCUUAAAGUUAAGAAAACAUUCCUCGGGCAAAACAAGUCGUUCUGGGGAGCGCUGGAGCUGGUGGAGAAGCUGUGCCCAGAAGCCGGCGAGAUCACCGUCAGCGUCAAGGAUCUCCCAGGACUCAAGACAGCGGUUGGGAGAGGGAGAGCGUGGCUCCGCCUGGCUCUGAUGCAGAAGAAGCUCUCCGACUACAUGAAGGCACUGAUUAAUCGGAAGGACCUGCUGAGUGAGUUCUAUGAGCCAAAUGCUCUGAUGAUGGAAGAGGAAGGGGCCGUGAUUGCUGGGCUCCUAGUUGGACUCAAUGUGAUCGACGUCAACCUUUGUAUGAAGGGGGAGGACCUGGACACCCAGGUUGGUGUGAUCGAUUUCUCUCUCUACUUGAAAGACGGAGGCCACAGCAGUAAAAGCUCGGAAGGGGAUGGACAAAUAACCGCCAUUCUGGACCAAAAGAAUUACGUGGAAGAGUUGAACAGGCACCUGAGUUCCACUGUAAAUAAUCUCCAAGCAAAAGUGGAUGCGUUGGAGAAAUCGAACACAAAGCUUACUGAAGAGCUGGCCGUAGCCAACAACCGCAUCAUCACCCUCCAGGAGGAGACGGAACGGAUAAAGCAGGAGAGUGCCUUUCAGCUGGAGUCCACCUGGAAGAAGAUGGAGGUGUCGAAGGUGGACGGGAGCGCCGAGGGACUGGUGCAGAGGCAGGGCCGGCAGCCUGUGGAGGAUGUGGAUACCGAGACCAGGAAACAGCUCAAGGAGGAGACACAGCUCAGGCUGGACGUUGAGAAGGAGCUGGAGGUGCAGAUUGGGAUGAAGCAGGAGAUGGAACUGGCCAUGAAGAUGCUGGAGAAGGACAUCUGUGACAAGCAGGACGUGCUGGUGACGUUCCGACAGCAACUGGAUGAGGUGCAGGCCCUCAAUCAGGAGCUCUGCCAGAAGGUUCAGGGCUCUGACAACGUGAUCCGACAGAAGAAUGAAAUCAUCGCCCGUUUGGAGGAGAAAGCUCACCAGAUGAGCUCCACCAUCAAACAGCUGGAACUGAGAUUGCGGCGGGCACAGGACAGCUGUCAGUCGGCCGAGGAGGCCAACCGGCUCUUCAAGCAGGAGUUCGGGGAGAAGAUCGCCAGCUUGCAGCAAGAGGUGGACCUCCUGACCAGACAACGUGCCCAGCUGCAGAUGGGCUUAAGGCAGCAGAAGCUGAGCUCACACAUCGACUGCUGUCAAGACCACAGCUCGGAGGAACAGGUGAAGAACCGUUGGCGAGAAAUGGCGGAUAUCAGGAGGGAACUGGAGGAGCUUCGAGAAGAAAACCUUCGGCUCCGUCAGGCAGAAGAGGAGAGGACUCCCAAUGGGUCCCACAGAACAGACAGGUCAAGUUCAGGAACAGAGGCAGAAACUGGACCUGAUGGCUCAGUACUGGAAAGAGAGGAGAAUGUGAUAUGCACACUCUGUCAAGAGGCAGCCUCAUUAACCAGGCCCAAGAGGCAAUGCAACAACUGUCAGGGGGUCUUCUGCAGUGUGUGUACCGUCAAUGAGUUGCCACUCCCGUCAUCCCUGGAGCCUGUGUGCGUGUGUAAUCCCUGCCACGUGACGCUGUUACAGCAGUACUCAACACCACCCUGACAGAUUACCGAGCCGAGUGUGCAGAGAACCGUGGAUACCUCCUGGUUGUCCUCAGUGUGAAGUAUUGGACAAAUCAGUGUGCCGUUUCUAAAGUGCACACUUUUCCUCAAAAACAAAACUGCUCUUUUGACACAUCGUUGGGAGAUGUGCAUUACCCUCUUUAAUGAUCUUUGUAAACUUUCAGGAAGAUGAUUCACCAAGUGGAAUGGCUAUUGUCUGGGCCAUGAAUGGUGCAAUCCAGAAAAGGCAAUGGGAACACUGCCUGGGAGACCAGAUUAGAUCAGUGUGGUCAAACUCUGAUACUCUAAAAUCACUGAGCCCUGGCAAUGCUAUUUAAACAACUCUAAUCCCUACCAGAUGGGGCUGGACUUCUUAUCUAUGGCCUGAACAAUGUGGCAAACCCACCUGGGUGUAGUCAAGGUGACCAUGCCAACCUCAGCAGAUACAACUGGUUCCCCACCCUCAUUGAGGGUGAUAGAAACUCAGUCCCUUUUGUCGUUAUUUUGGCUUCAUUUUUUGACCAAAUGUGAAUUUCAGUAGUGCGCUGUGAUCGGAGUGUUUCAACAACCUCUGUUGGCUGGACUGAGGUGGGAUUGUCUGCUGUUAAAUACUCUCGGUCUCAUCCUUGUGAAUGCUUAGAGCAAACAAUGUAAAACAGCAUGUUUUUGAAAAGGGAAUAAACGUGUGAUCCACUGAGAACAGGCAGCACUGCUGGAGACUAACAGAGUUAAGUCAGAUCUCUUGCUGUCUGACCUGAGUACCGUUUCUUUGCUUCUGUAAUGUUUUGCUAUUUUUUUCUGUAAGAGUACUGAUCAGACAGGACUUUUGUAACAGUGAUCGAGAUGAGGUUCAAAGCUGUAUGGUAUACACUACCUCAUGCUACAAUGUAGUUUAUAUAUAAUCAAAGAUAAGGUGUUUUCUUGACAAGUUCCUCCAUUUUACAGGACUUUCUUUAAAAAAAAAUGAAUGUAUGCAAGAAAGCAUCUAAAUAGUGACCAAAUGUAGUUAUAGCCAAUUAUUUUUCUUCCCGUUUGAUUCAAGUAGCUGAUUUACCCCACACAAUAAUGGCAUUUGUUAACAUGAGUACUUUAUAUAAAACUGAACAACUGUUAUAAGGAAAUUUGCACUUGGAGGGCAGGGACUAGAAUAUCUUUGUGUGAAGGAGCAUUCCAUAGCUGCCUGUUCACCCACUGUCUGGGUUCAACUGGAUAUCCUGAUGUUUGCUGUCUGUUGUAUGAAUAAACAUUUGUGUGCACACAACUGUGACGGUCAGUGGUUUCUAUCCUAGUGAGUGUCUGGUAUUCCAUUCCUGACACUGCUACAUUUCAGUGUCAAGGGCUGGGCAAAACAAUCUGGCUGUGUUAAGUAUGAAGGAAUUUGGCAUUUCUGGCCUGGUAUCUCCUUGGGAAAGGUGAAGCAAGCUGGGGCUGUGAGUGAGCAGGCAUUACAUACUCCAAGCACUGAUCAGUGUCCCCAGGAAAGGCAGGCUCCUGGGUUACAGUUUGCAAACAGAUUUUCUAAAUGGGUGGAACACAACCAGAGGCCUUGCUGUAACUUUCCAGCUCCUGAUUUUACUAAAAAUGGGAAACUCUGUUAAAAUUGAAUUACUGUAAAAUGAUCACUGAAGAUUUUAUUGUGGCUGUACUGAUGUAACCCAUCUGAUUAUACUGGGAGGAGAUG